GCAGGUACUGCAGCACCGUUUCCCAGCAUGCAUUGCUGCAUGACAUGAAACCUUCCUCUGGCUGACAGGAGGAAGCAGACAUGACCGCUCUGAGGCCUCCGGCUGCUAACUAACAGCUGAUCUUCCUGCUGCUCCAGAACAUCCUGUGAGCUCCCCCUCCUCCACUGGCCACUCCUCCUCCUGCCGCUGACUAGAGCUGCUCGCGGCUGCCGGGGUUAGUGCCGUGCAGAGCUGAAGCAGGUGAGUUUGUGUGCAGCUGACAGAGAUCUGUUGAGAGGAUGCAGACUGGGUGGAGGAUUGCCCUGCUGCUGCUGCUGGUGGUGGCUGCAGGCGAAGCUCAGAGCGGAGACGGAGACGCCGACACAGAGCCCAGAAUCAGCUGCAGCUCUCACAUCGCCUACAUAGAGAACAGUCUGACCUGUCAGCUGACUGGAGUCGACAACGAGGAUGAUGAGGAUGAUGAAGGCAACCGCAUCGAUCACAUGACUCUGUGUUAUGUAAAAGGGGGCCCUAAGAACGGGGAAACCAAGUGUCUGGAGUCUCCCGGAGACACCAUCAGGUCCAAAGACCUGCAUCCUGUGCCGGUGUGGAAUCUGAAGGUCCACUUAAAGAGCGGAGACCAGAGUUCAGCCACAGUUGACCUGAAGAAGAUCGUUAAACCCAGAAGUCCUCAGGUGUGGAACGUCACCUUUGACCAGGAGGGCAGGCAGGCUGUGAUUUACAUCAGGACUAAAUACAGUAGCAAGGACUACCUGACGCUGGAGAACCAGCUGUUCCAGUUGCACAUCACCCCAGGAGUUGAGACGACUCAGAACUUCUCUUCCCAGAAUUUCCUUAAGAUCGACAUGCAGCACCUCCACAAACACUCGGAGUAUCGUGUGAAGGUGAGGGCGAUCCCUCAGAAGCAUUUCCAGGGCAGCUGGAGCGAGUGGAGCAACACCUUCAGCUUCGUUCUUCCUGCAGUCCAGAACCAGGACCAGAUGCAGGAGCAGCAGGAAAUCAUGUACAUGCUGAUCGUGUGCAUCAUCUUCGUGCUGGUGGUGACCUCCAGCGUUGUGGCCUUCUGGAAGAAGCGAAUCUUCACCUAUAUGUGGCCGAGCAUCCCACAUCCCAAACAGACUCUGGUUCAGGUCUGCAAGCCAAAUAAGGGUCUUCUGCUGAACUUUAACCCUGAGGUGUUCAGUCAUCUCAAAGUCUUCCCGCUGGAGACACCAUCUUGUGAGGAAGUGGAGCCUUCAAUCAGUCCUGCUGCUGCCGGUUCCUGUUCCAGCUCCACCCAGAGCUCCGACUGCAGGAGCACCACCAGCGUCAGCACCGAGGAGCUGGAGCUCUCCGCCCUGCUGAGCAGGAGUUCCUCCGAUGGCCAGGACAGCCUCCCGAGCGCCAGUCCAUCCCCCGACAACAUCCUGCCGUGGGAAGAGCGCUCACACAUGCCUGAGCCUGAAAACGGAGGAAACGAGGUGGAGUUUGGAGUUAACAAGCAGGAGGAGGCCUACGUCACCAUGUCCAGCUUCUACCAGAUCAAGUAGGUGAAGCAGAUCUGGACUGACAGGACCAGAACACCACAAGAUGCUCCAGAACCACCAGAACCUUCUUUAACUCUCCAACAUGGAUCUUCUUCUGAACUUUGGAGGUUCUUGGACAUGUUGGUGUGCAGAACUGCAAAGUCUUCAGGGUUCCUGGAUGGACAUCGAAUCAUCCUGGGACUUAUCUAAGCAUCCACCGGGUGUCUUCCUCUGAUGUUUGACUUCUCGUGCAUCGACAUCAGCUUGACAUCCUAAUGCUUAUCCAUUACUUUUCCUCAGGUGUAAUCUGAUUACUUUACUGUUUCUCCGAGUUGCUAAAUGACCAGAGGAACGUUGACCUUUUCCUCCACUGGACCCCCAACCAACCAGACCUGAGAGGCCUUUUCUUUUUCACUGCUCACAUUCACACUAAGUUAGAGCUAAGUGGUGAGUAAAAGCAAUGAUCUCAUUGUUCCCAUGAUCACAGUGGGGACAGCCAAUCAGAGAGGAGGAUCUACUUUAGAGCAGGUGAUUGCUGCUUCUGUUGGCUUUCUGGAAGGUGUUCAACCUUCACAGGAACUCAAGUCGUCUCGACACUGCAGCCUGUUGAAGAGCUGAAGAGUUCGGCACUCUGAGUGAUUCCUCUGCAAUCCCAAGUCCCAAAAAUAAAUAAAAAAGAAAAUAAACACCUGAGGGAAUCCUUAAACGUCCAACAGAACCUUCCAAAACACAAACAACUCCAUGAUCCCCAUUAAUCUCCUUUGAAGCUCAGAGCCCAGAGGAACCAGUAAGAACUGAAGUGACUCCUGGCACACCUCCGCUUAGCACCAACGGAAAACCAGAACCAUCAUUAGAUCAUGAGAACCUCCAAACUCAUGGCAGGACCCAUCUGAACGUCUCCUUUACAUCAUUAUUAACCACAAAAAUCUUCUCAACCCAAACAUCCAUUCCAGUCCUCUGUUGAGGACCUUCUUUCUUUCAACACUGGAAACAGGAUCACUACCAAGGAGAACUACAAACUAGACCACCAACCGUGACAACCAGGACCACCUACUGUCUGAUACUGAGAUCAAUCAGAUCACCAGAACUUUUGAAAGUAAUCCAAAUGAUCACCAGAACGUCUCUUUCCUGAUUAAUUAGUAUAGAACCACCUGGAGAACCAUAAAUACUUAAAGAAACCUAGAAUAUCCAUGACCCAUACAAAUAAUCCCGAGAAUCACCUAAAGGAUCUAAUUUAUCCCUGGAAACUCCUGAAAGACCUCUGAAAUACCAGGAGAUGCCUAGAACCUCUUAAGUAACCUAUAGAUUAAAAAGAAAGUCCUGUAGGGCCAGAUGAUGAGACGAACUCGUCCACUCCAAGGCGGAGAAGGUGGAUGUUCUAAUGGUUCUCCUUUCCUCUGUGACCAGGCAAAUAUGACUUUAAUUGAUUCCUCUGAAACAAAACUCUGGUGAUGUCCUCUGAAAGCUGCUCGUACCUAAACCCAUCUCAUCUGUUAGAGAACUAAAACUCUUGCCAUGGCGUCUCUGCUAGCCUGUGGAGUCGCUGUGGAUAUGUUACUAUGGCAACCUGAUCCGACUGUCUGUCUGUGAGGAGAUAAAAGUCCUGGAGAUGAAAAAAAAUGAUAUUGCUGCUUAAAUACCCAACACAACCUUCACCUCACACAGCAACACACCCAGAAUGUACGCUUCAGUUUCCUGAUUCAUUCGUCUCAUGUAGACCAGACUCGUCUGACUCGCCUAACUAAGAUCUGACUCGGCUAACUCGGAUCUGACUUCCAUAACUAAGACCUGCUUUGUCUAACCCGGCUCUGACUCUUCUAACUAGGACCCAACUUGUCUGAAUGACUAGGAUCUGACUCGACUAAUUUGGAUCUGACUCAUUUAACUUGGCUCUGACUCUUCUAACUAGGACCUAACGUGUCUAACUCAGAUCUGACUUGUCUAACCUGCACCUGACCUGUGUAACUUUGCUCUGACUUGUCUAACUCUAAUCUGAUUUGGCUCAGUAGAAUCUGGCUAUUUUAACUAGGACCUAAGUUGUUUAACUCAGAUCUGACUCGUCUAACCAGGACCUGAUCUGUGUAACUUGACUCUGACUCGUCUAACUCGGCUCUAACUCGUCUAAAUAAGAUCUGACUCGUCUGUAUUAAUGCACUCGGACUUGUCAUGUCAUACUUUAUUUUUUCAUUGCACAUUAUUUUUAUUAUUUAACCCAAAUGUCUGUCUGUGUACAAUAAAAUAUAAAAUGUU